GAGCAACCAAAGGAGGAAGCAGGGCAGUUUGCUUCAGUCUCGGUGCUGUCUCUAUCCACUUGUCCAUUGUUAGGUGGGUCAGUCACAACUAAAAGAGGACUCAAGACUUGUGCAACCCUACCCCUACCACGUGAUCAAAGGUACAGGGCCACCUGCAUCCAUUUCUCUGUCCGCAAAGCACAGGGAAAGCCGGCAAAAUUUCUUUCCUCGAGGAACUUGACAGGGAACCGUCUGACGACGAGAUGGGUAGCGGAGCAAGCGCAGAGGAUAAGGAAAUGGCAAAGAAGUCCAAAGAGUUGGAAAAACAGCUCCAGGAAGAUGCUGAUAAGGAAGCAAAGACUGUCAAACUUCUGCUGCUGGGGGCUGGUGAGUCAGGGAAAAGCACUAUUGUAAAACAGAUGAAAAUUCUGCAUCAAGGUGGUUAUACAAAAGAAGAACAAAUGGAGUUUCGAACUAUUAUUUACGGCAACAUCCUCCAGUCGGCAAUGGCCAUCAUCAGAGGCAUGGAGAUGCUGGACAUCAACUUCGGGUCACCAGCAUCACAGGAAGAUGGCCAGAAACUCCAGAAUCUGGCUGACUCCAUCGAGGAGGGCACCAUGCCCCCAGAGCUAGGAGACGUCAUCAAGAGGCUAUGGAAGGAUUCAGGUGUGCAGGCCUCCUUCGAGAGAGCUGCAGAGUAUCAGCUGAACGACUCUGCUGGAUACUACUUGAGUGAAAUGGACAGAAUCUGUAAACCCGACUACAUGCCCUCCGAGCAGGAUGUACUGAGAUCUCGAGUCAAGACAACUGGUAUCAUUGAGGAACAGUUCUCCUGCAAAGAGCUCCACUUCAGGAUGUUCGAUGUGGGUGGCCAGAGGUCAGAGAGAAAGAAGUGGAUUCAUUGUUUCGAGGGUGUGACUUGCAUCAUCUUCUGUGGAGCCCUGAGCGCUUAUGACAUGGUGCUGGUAGAAGACGAUGAAGUGAACCGCAUGCACGAGAGUCUCCAUCUCUUCAACAGUAUCUGCAACCACAGGUUCUUUGCCACAACCUCCAUUGUGCUUUUCCUCAACAAGAAAGAUCUCUUCACGGAGAAGAUCAAGAAAGUCCACCUGAGCAUCUGUUUCCCUGACUAUGAUGGUCCCAACACGUAUGAAGAUGCCAGCAACUAUAUCAAGCAGCAGUUUGAGGAGCUGAACAUGAAGAAGGGAGUCAAGGAGAUCUACUCACACAUGACCUGUGCCACGGACACAAAGAACGUCGAGAUUGUGUUUAACGCUGUGACAGACAUUAUCAUCAAAGAAAACCUUAAGGACUGUGGUCUGUUCUAAACAGUGUCUGCUUUUUCAGAGGUUUGUUACUUGAAAAGUUUGAGCAGUUUCUAAGAACUUCCGAAAGGCCCUACAAAAGCAUUUAAAUGAGAAUUAGCUAAUUAUAUAUCCCUUUUCAUUAUGUCUAGUUUUCAGUUGAUCGUCUUUUGAAAAAAAUGUCAAAGAUUUGUCUGCCCUAUCCCCACCUUAAUGAUUAGAUUUACUCUGGUGAAAUUGCCACGGUAACAAAAGAACACCAACAGGUGGCAUGAAGGUGAACUCUACAGAAAACGGUCGAGCAUGGUCAGCAGAUCCCCAGCCAUAUAACAAUCUCAACAUCCAAACCAAACCUCUAAAACUAGAUAUAGAUUAGACUAAUGGGUUCUGCUCUCCAAAGGGACUCUAAAAACAUUUCAAAAAUUUUCAGACAGCUCAAAUCACUUGUAGAGUCAAUGAGAGAAGGGAUUGCAAAAGAAAGAGGACUUUUGAUGCUAUGAGUUUCUGAUGCUUGUAGAAAAGAUUCCUCUCACUCUGUGUUUAAUGUCAAACCUAUAGAGGUUUGACUAUUAGUUGUUUUUUUCAUUAAUUUCCAGAGAAAGAAAGUACAUUUUAUGCAACAAAAAUUUGCUUUAUUAAAGUCAUUGAAGUGGAAUAUCAGCUUCCCAUGGUAACAAUUAGAAACAUUAUUUUACAUACAGUGUUAUGCCACGUCUAUGUUUUCAAUCUCCUUUGAGAAAUUAAAAACUUGCAUAUCAACCAGACCUGGUUGUUUUAAUUUAAACAGCUCACACAAUAUGUGAAAGAUGUUUCUUUUUAAGCCCCAAACAUAUUAGGGCACCAUGAUUUGUAAAUACGAGUAGGCAAAAAAUUAUAUUUCAAAGAAGAGGAGAAAUAAAGCUAUAUAUUUAUGAUACAGUAAUACAGUAACACAAGACAUUGCUAGGAUGGCUUGUUGCUUUGUUUUAAACCUGAGGUCUGAAUUUGUGGAGAUGUUCUUGAAUGUAAAUGUAGGCACAUGAAAUAAAGACUUGCAUCAAUUCCACUGCUUGCUGUUGUCAAAUUACUAUUAUGUGUAAAUGUACAGUUGCUGCAAUUGACUGGCCAUUAGAGGUAAUGUAAUACCACAAAAUAGCGACCUUACAUUAUUGAAAUUGGGAUUUUCAAACAUGUUUUCAAACACUGACCUUUUAUGUCAAAGACAUUUAAUUAUGAAUUUUCCAGUCCAAAACCCUCUCUUUGCUAAGCGUGUUAUAUAAUCAAACAAAAUGAUUUCUUUUUUUUAGAGGUGUCAUUACAACAGUUAAAAUGAGCAAAAGAGAUUUCUAACAUUCAUGAGACUACAUUUAAACACACUUUUAGAACCACAAUCAGAAAAAAUUUGGAAAGUAUUGUGGAAACGUAGAAAAUAAAUUAGCUAAACAUGGCAAUUGCACAACAUUUGAAAAAUAAUUUCAUAUCAAAUACAGCACAAUGUUUUUUCAAAAUGAGGCAAACUGCCAAGUACAUAUUUUGGGUAUGACUUUUAAUAAAAUAAAAUGUUUCAUAUACUCAUUAUUUAUGUCAAGAAAGUCUUGAUGUUUGAAAUUUGGAGAUUAAAAUUAUGAAAUAAAAUACUUCUUUAACUUAUUGUUAUUAAAAUAGUUGUAUCUGGUCAAGACAAUGUAUUGAUGUUUUUUCCAGAAAUGUUAGGGUUUAAAACAAAAAUGAUUGCAUAUGCAUUUUGUAAAAACUGCAGGACCUGGUGAGACUGUAUUAUGGACAAUUUUACAAUAUCAAAAAUAACCAUUAAGACAGAAAAACAACAAACCCAUAUUUUAAAUAAUGGUCAAAGGAGUAUUCAGAAACCAAUCAAAACCAGGGUUUUCACAUACUAACUUUGAUUCAGUGCAAUCAUUAAAUUUAGUUGUUCAUUUGCACUUUCAGGUUUAAAAUACAGUGCAUUCAAGAAGUAUUCAUACCCAUUAAUUGUUUUCACAUUUUAUUAUGUUGCAGCUUUAUGCCAAAAUGCUUUAUUUUUUUUGUAAUUUAGUGUUUUUAUUUAUAUUGAAAAAGUUUACAAAACAUUUUGCAAUAUAAGAAAGAAAACUUAUAUGACUGUUACAUCCCGCACUUACAAGGACGGCUUGACGUGCAAUUUCGGAACACAGCCCCAGCCGACAGAUCACCAAAGACACAAACUUAAGUUCCACAAAAAGUAUAAUUUAUUUUAAAGUGGAAAAGAUGAUAAAUUAAGGAGCAAUGACUUCAGGGUGCCCCAAGGUCAAAAUAAUAAACAAAAUAGACUUAUAAACAAACAUAUAUAAAUUACCUAAUCGGGAGAAUAAACCAAAUACAAAGAAACUCCUCUAACUCCCUAUAAAUAAACAAAUCGCAAACAAAGUCAAAAAAAAAAAUGACAGGACACCCCUAGGCUCCUAAAACAUACAAACAAAACCGAUUUAACUCAUCUCAAACAAACGAACAUAAUCAGGUUAAAGGUUUUGGGAUCUGUCGACGGGAGGAGGAAUCCGGAGCUCCUCACGCCACAAGGCCAACGCCAGAAUGAGCUCCCAUCUUCAGUUAACGCCGCCCUUUUAAAGGCGGUGAAUCAAUAGAUCCACCGAUCAGGAGCGCCUCCCGCUGCAACCAAUCCCUGCACACAUACAAAACAACAACCCACACAAAACAGAUACCGAUGAUCGUAACACCCUCACACACACACACACACACAAAAAAAAAAUCAUUAGUGAUUUUUAAACAAAACUAAAAGAACGAGAUAAGGCAUCUGCUAAAACAUUGUCCUUGCCCUUUUUAUAGCGAAUCUCAAGAUUAAAAUCUUGAAUAAACAAGGACCAACGCAUAAUGCGUUGAUUUGCAUUACACAUUCGAGACAAAAAUACAAGUGGAUUGUGAUCAGUAAAGACGAUCACGGGAAUAGAACUUGAUCCCACAUACACUUCGAAAUGUUGUAACGCUAGUAAUAAAGCAAGUGCCUCUUUCUCAAUAGUACUAUAGUGUAACUGAUAGGGCAAAAACUUUUUUGAGAAGUAGGCUACUGGAUGCACAACUCCGUGAAUAUCAUCCUGCAAAAGGACUGCUCCAGCUCCGGUGGCACUAGCAUCAACAUCAAGUUUAAAGGAACGUGAAUAAUCCGGGGCAGAUAACACUGGAUCACUACACAACAAACAUUUUACAGCUUUAAAAGCAUGUUGACAUUCAUCAGACCAUACAAAUCUGUGUGAAGCACGGAGCAGAUUAGUUAACGGUAGAGCCACAUCAGAGAAAUUUCGGCAAAAUGCUCUAUAAUAGCCUGCCAUUCCUAAAAAACGGCGAAGAUCAGGCUUGGUUUGAGGCACAGGAAAACCAACAAUUGCCUGUACUUUCUGGACUACAGGACGUACUUGUCCCUGUCCAACCCGUUUUCCCAAAUACAUCACAGUUGCCUUGGCAAAUUCACAUUUGGACAAAUUCAACAUAAGGGAAGCAUUAAGCAAGCACGUGAAAACAGUGAAUAAGGUGUCUAGAUGUUCUUUCCAGCUGGACGAAUACACCACAAUAUCAUCCAAAUACGCUUUACAGUGCUUAACAUCAGCUAAUAUAGUGUUCAUUAAUCGUUGGAAAGUCGCCGGCGCGUUCCGAAGCCCGAAAGCCAUCACAGUGUAAUUCAGGAAGUUGUCUGGAGUGACAAAAGCAGAUAUUUCGGCUGCACGUUUAGUUAAGGGAACUUGCCAAUACCCCUUUAAAAGAUCAGCUUUGUAACAAACUGAGCAGAUCCCACAUUAUCCACACAAUCUUCCAUUAAUGGUAAUGGAAAUGAAUCACGGUUUGUGAUCGCAUUUACCUUACGGUAAUCCAUACAAAAUCGAUGGGUACCAUCCGGUUUCGGAACAAGUAGACAAGGCGAGCUCCAAGCACUUGUGCUCGGGACAGCAAAAUCAUUUUCCAAUAGAUAUUUCACUUCAGACUCGAUGAUUUUACGUUUCACUGGAUUGACCCGAUACGCAUGUUGCUUAAUGGGUGGAUGAUCGUUCACUUCAAUAUCAUGCUGAAUGACAUUUGUCUGAGUAGGCACAUCUGAAAACAGUCCUGAAAAAGACUGGAUCAAAUUCACAACAUCAGAUCGUUGAUUUACAGCUAAAUGACAUAAAUGAGAAUUAAGAUCUGACAAAAUUUCAGAAUUAUUCAGUUUGACAUCAGACACUGGCAUACUCCGUAGAUUUAACCCGUCUUCAUCGCCACAAGAAGGUGGUACCACAGACAGUGAAGCAACUGGAACAGGAGAGCUCUUAAACUCACGUUGUUCACCACGAACAUCAUAACGCUUCAACAUGUUGAUGUGGCACACGCGAAUUUUUCUCUGUCGAUCGUGGGUACAGAUAAUAUAGUCAGUAUCACUGAGUUUUCGCUCCACAACAUAAGGUCCAGAAAACUUUGCUUGCAACGAAGAGCCAGGAAGUGGUAACAAAACAAGAACUUUGUCUCCUUUCACAAAGGAACGAACGACUGCUUUCUUAUCAAAACACUCCAUCUUUAUUUGAGUCUUUAGCAAAGCUGACUGAGCCAGAUUUCGAGCUUUAUGCAGACGUUCUCGAAAAGAACUCACAUAAUCUAAAAGAUUGCAAGGUGGCUUUGUUUCAGACAACCAGUUUUCUUUGAGCAGC